GAAGUAAGAUUGUAACGGGGGCUACCUCGGAGGAAGAAAAACUUUAUGAGUUGAAAUGACCCCGUGCGAAGCCGAGUUAGGUCACUAGUAUUUAUAUUACUCCCUUUAUCUUUUCUGACUGAACAUCUGCAAACAUAAAGAUAUCGGGCUGUUUGUUAUCUGAGAUAAAUCUAAAUGAAACUAAGUAUAUAAAUGGAAAUCAUAAACAUUUUUGUAGUUGACAAAAAAUACCAGAGUAAUCCUUGUUCUACGCUCGUAGUGUUAUUGUAACGUGCAAUCAGGAGUUUUAAUUUCCAUAUUUGAGUUGUAACUUAAAGCACAAAAAUGCACGCUCGGCCCCGAAGCAAUGCGUCCAUGCAAUGGUUUCUGGAAGACCUGGCAUUCAGGGUUGUGGCUGCAAGCGGCAUCCCAUCAGACAGGCACCAUAUUGGGAAACUCAUUCAUCGCAGUUUGAUGGAUGACCCAAAGUUUAUUUUGCAGAUAGAUGCAUCUACAGGCGUAAAAGAAACCGGUGGGUCAGUACUUCGAAGGUGCAUACAAUGUGCUAUAGCAAUGAAGAAUUGUGGGAUCAAGCGUGGUGACGUCAUCAGCCUGAUGACACCCAAUAAUAUGGAUGUGUGCAUUGUAUAUUACGCUUGCCUCUUCAUUGGAGCUGCUAUUGCACCUGUUGAUAUCAACAUGAGAGUUAAAGAAUUGCAAAAUCUUCUGGAUAUCCAAAGGCCAAAAAUUAUAUUCUGUCUCAAUGAUUAUGGCAAAUACGUCAAAGAAGCUUUAACUGUGGCAAAAUUGACCUCAGAUAUAGUAACGUUCGACGAAAGCAAAGAUUACACAGAUUUUCAGAGAUUUUUGGAUAAAUUCGGAGAUGAUACGAAAAUUGAGGGAUUCAAGCCAGAAGAUUUCGAUCCAAGUGAAACAUUCUCUAUUCUCCUGAUGACUGGUGGAACGAGCGGGGGAGUAAAAUGUGCUACAUUGACGCAUGUCAGCAGUAUGUUCGGAUGCAUGGAAUUCUGGUGUCGUCAAACCAAAUUCCCGGAUCCAGAAAGGAUAGCGUUGAUUCUUUCACCACUGCAAUGGAUAUCAGCAAACUUCCACUACAUUUUAUCACCUAUUUUGAGAUAUACCAGGCUCCAAUCACCUUUGUCGCUAGACCGACCGCUCAUUUACGAAAUGAUUAAUAGAUACAGGCCCACUCAUGUAACGAGCAGUCCUCCCUUAUUGGCCAGUUUGUUGAAUACAGAAGAAGUCACGAACUGCGACUUAUCCUGUUUCAAUCACGUUGUUAUUGCUGGUGGCGUUCUGGCCCCGGGACUAUUUAAUAUGGCUAAGAAAUUGAUGCCCAAUGCUGAUGUUCAAGAGCAGUACGGGCUUACUGAAGUCGCCGGGUUUGCGGUCCGUUCUGAUGAUAAGCUUCCAGGGUCCCUUGGGAAAAUCCGGGAGUCUCUUCAGUUUAGGCUCAUAGAAGUUGAAUCACAAAAAGACAUAGUGGGACCAAACAUUACAGGAGAACUUUGGUUAAAAGGACCAGCAUUAUUUAAGGGAUAUUAUAAUGACCCUGAGAAAACAAAAGAGGUCUUUUCCGAAGACGGGUGGUUGAAAACUGGCGAUCUCUUGCAAAUGGAUGAAGAUUACAACUUAUAUUAUGUGGACCGCUUGAAAAUGUUACUUAAAUACAAGAAUCACCAUGUAUCUCCUGUGGAACUCGAGAACGUUAUACAUCAGCAUCCAGGCGUCUAUGAUGUGGCGGUGACAGGAGUAGUGGAAGACCUCGAGUCUGGAGAUCUGCCAGUGGCGUGCGUCGUCAGAAAACCUGGGUGCAAAGUCACUGCCCAGGAAAUCAAGGAUCUUGUAAAGAAUAACCUGUCAGACACGAAGCAACUCAGAGGUGGAGUUAUAUUCGUCAGUCAGCUGCCAUUGACAGCCUCCUCCAAAAUCGAUAGAGCAAAAUUGAAAACUAUUGUGGCUGAAUCAAAAAGAGAAUAAAAUGUUUUCGAUAUAUCUACACUAAUAUUAUAAAGAGGAAAACUUUG